AUGGAGGGAGGUCACGUGGCCCUCCAGUGCAUUCUGCUGAAGGGGACGCCGACGCCGACGAGGCAGUGGUUCGUGGGGCCGGAGCUUGCCGAGCCGGUUCAUACUGUGGUCGGCAACGGAGAACAGCUGGUGAUCACGCGGGCAGAGGAAGAGGAUUCGGGUCAGUACAGGUGUAUAGCGGAAAAUCCAGCUGGUUCGGCCACCAAAUUGUAUCAGCUGGUUGUUCAGGCGGCCCCGAGAAUCAACGUGACUGCUCUGCCAUCUUACAUCACUGUGCUCUCUCCUGGUGACACGGGAUCGGGAAUAUUACCAGCCGACGGCCGGCCACGUCACAGCCACGUCAGCGCAUCUGCCACGUCAUCGGAGGACCAGACGCUCAUCCUCACCUGUCCGGUUACAGGAUAUCCCCCUCCUCGGCGCCUCUGGUACCAGGGAUCGCAGGCUCUCGUGUCCUCCUCCAGAGUCCUCGUAGGAACUGGUGGGCGCGACCUGACCUUGGUGGGCGUAGGACCCAGGGACGCGGGGACGUACGUGUGCGUGGCCGUGAAUCCUGCGGGAGAGGCUCAGCUGAGCACUGCCGUCGUGGUCGUUGGUCUUGGGUUCUUUAAUGGCUCUGGAGUGAGUCUCGGAUGGUUCUUGAGUGAUUCUCGGGUGGUUCUUGAGCAGUUUUCGGUGGUUCUUGUGCAAUUCUUUAAUUGUUCUCGGGUAAUUCUUGGGGUGGUUCUUGAAUGCUGCCCUAAUGCAAGCGGUCGUUCCCAGGACGGGCAGGAGCUUCCUCGCAACGAGCUCCCGCAGACGAGGUCCUUUGAGCGCCUGCUGAUGGGUCGGCGGCCGCUCCCUCCGUCAGAUUAUUAUUACGAGGGCGAGGAAGACUUCAGCUACGCCGAGGACGUGUCCCUCCUGCUGCAGGACUACCUUGAAGGAGCGCCCCUGGACGGGUGGCGGGAGUGGCGCGGCGGCCGGAACGGGACGGCGCGCCACCACACCUUCGGCGGCGGAACCAGACUCAGGGUGAGCCGCGUGACGGAGCGCGACGAGGGGGCUUACGCGUGCGUGGCGACCAACCUCGCCGGCGCCAGCACCAGGACCUUCCACCUCGACACGCUAGUGCCCCCGGACAUCGACACCAUCCAGGAGGUGAAGGACCACGAGGCAGCCGUUGGGGAACCUGUCGUGUUCGAGUGCGACGCCCGUGGAGAUCCGCCCCCUGAGGUGACAUGGUAUCGCGGGUCAGCCCCGUUGGAACACCACUCUCGUCUGCAACUGCUCGAGGAAAACCAUGUCCUUAUCAUUACGUCGAUUCAGGAAGGAGACGGCGGAGAGUACACGUGCCUGGCCACCAACCUCGCCGGCCUGACGGAGGAGACUUUCCGACUGCACGUGUUAGUGCCUCCGAGAAUAGCCGGGGGCGAGGAGCAGGCCGUGCCAGUGGUGAGCGGCAGGUCUGUGGAGCUCGAGUGUGAGGCUCAAGGACAACCUGAGCCCGACCUCAUCUGGACCUUCGAGGGAGAACCUGUUACGGAGAGCGAGGACCUGGUCCUUGACGGCAACACUCUGAUCAUUGACAGAGUGAAGCUAGACCAGGCGGGAGUCUACGAGUGCGCGGCUACCAACUCCGUCGGUCAGGAUGCCAGGCGCUUCGUUGUUAGCGUUACAGAGGCUCCUUUCAUCGCGGGCGGACUGGACGAGGUCACUGUGGUCGAGGGUGAGUCCGCAGCCCUUCACUGCGUCGCUUCAGGUCACCCGGAGCCGCUCGUGACCUGGAUGAAGGAGGGCGUAGGUAUGCGACUGGACGAGCGCGUGAGCGUGUCCUGGGGCGGGCGGUCUCUCCUGGUGCAGUACGUGGGCGAAGAGGACUCCGGCCGAUACACCUGCGUCGCCUCCAACCUCGCUGGGAACCACACAAAGGAUUUCCGCGUCCAAGUCCUGCGUCGUCCGCAGCUGGUCGAUGCCCCCGAGGAGGUGGUGGCAGUGGAGGGCGAGAUCGUGAACGUCGUGUGUGCCUUUGAAGGUUAUCCUCGACCCAAGAUCAGCUGGCAGUUCGAAGGCGUCCCUGUUGAUGGCGAGGAUAGUGUGCUGCCUUCCGGAGUCCUUCAGAUAUCCCCCCUGGGGCCUGAGCAUGCGGGGAACUACACCUGCUUCGCUAACAACGAGGCGGGCAGUGCCAACCACACCCUCACUCUCACUGUGCAAACCCCGCCGUGGGUCGAGGUGGGCCAGGCGCGGAAGGUGGUGGUGAGCGGCGAGAGCGCGACCCUCGAGUGCAAAGCCGGAGGCGUUCCUGCGCCCUCCAUCACCUGGCUCAAGGGACACCAGGUCGUCAGUCGAGGCGUUGAAUUUGAGCCGGAUGAAUCAGGCUCGCUGUACAUACCUUUCGUGACGCCCGACUUGGCUGACACCUACGUAUGCACUGCUCGGAGCUCAGCAGGUUCGGCGCAUGCGCACACGGAGCUGGUGGUGCAAGAGUCUCCUGUGGUCUUUGGCGCCGAGGACGAGGUCGUCGCCGCGGUGGGUCAGCAGGUCGUCCUCAGGUGCGAGGUGUCGGGUCGGCCCACUCCGGCCGUGACCUGGACGCGACCCAACCACGCUAACACGCCCGUCACGCCCGAAGACCCGCGUGUACAGUUAACAGACGACUCUCUUAUCAUCAUGCCUGUCGCCGUGGAGGACAUGGGUCUCUAUCAGUGCACGGCGACCAACCCGGCCGGCCAAGACAGCGCCUUCGUCACCCUCACCGUUCACUGUCCGUAACCGAGCCUCUGUCGGAGUUCGCGAGCGUGGUCCGUGGCGAAGCCCUGAACCUAGGGUGCACAGGGGCCGGCUACCCUCCCCCCCGCACCACCUGGAUUAAGGAAGGACGCACCCUCACUGAGAAUGCACUCCUCACCCUGGCUACUAACGGCGACCUCGUUAUCUCCAACACUAAGGCCUCAGACUCCGGCCACUAUUGA